GCCACUGGGAGAGACAAAGAGACGAAGGUUUCUUCAGGAAAAUGCAAAGCUCUUGAAAUUUUUUUUCAAUCAAACCCUAAAAAUCGAAACUCUAAAUUAUCAAAUGGAUUUCAAGCUUGGUAGAAUCAAUCUUAACAAAGUUGCUCAGGGAGUUGGGGGCUUUGUUUUUGGAAAGGAUACUUCAAAUUCUAAUGAUGACAGUUAUGUUCAAAGUUUGCUUGAGCGUAUAAAGAAUGUUGAGGAUGAUAAUGAUAAUAAAAGGAUUGAAGCUUUGGAUGAGCUUCAGUCUGUUGUUGAAGAAAGUGUUUCUGCUCAGCUUGCAUUUGGGGAACUAGGGAUAUCAGUGCUCAUGGGUGUAAUAAAGAGCGAGCGUGAUAAUGAAAAAAUGGUUAAAGGUGCUUUAGAAUCCCUUGCUAGUGCUUUGACUCCGAUAGCUCCAGAAGGAGGAGUGAAGAAUGAGAUACAUCCAGCUAUGAUGAAUUCCGAUUUGCUAUGUAGAGAAGCAGAAAACAUAUCUCUUCUCUUAGGUUUGCUGGAUUCGGAUAACUUCACUGUCCAGUAUCAUACACUUCAACUACUGACAGCCCUACUUACUACUUCCCGAAAUAGGGUACAAGAAGCAAUUCUUACGAUCCCCCAAGGAAUAACUCGCCUUAUGGAUAUGCUUAUGAGCCGAGAGGCUAUACGAAAUGAGGCGUUGUUACUUCUCACUUAUUUGACUCAUGAAGCUGAGGAAAUUCAAAAAAUAGUGGUGUUCGAAGGUGCAUUUGAGAAGAUAUUUAUUAUUAUUCAAGACGAAGGUGGGGCUGAAGGUGGUGUUGUCGUUGAGGACUGUCUUGUACUGCUGAACAAUCUUCUACACUGUUUGUCAAAUCAGAGAUUACUCAGGGAAACAACAGGUUUUGAGCCUUUAAUAUCAAUAUUGGUGCUUGAAAGUAGGGUCUCUAAAUUCUCAAAGCAAAAGACAUCAAAUCUCCUUAGAGCGUUGGAUAUUGUUGAGAUGCUGUUAGUGGGAGGAUCGGCAGCUGAGUGUGGGAAAGAUAACAGGAUGUCUAACCAAACUGUCCUGUAUCAGAAAAAACUUAUGGAUGAACUUCUAAUGCUGGGAGUGGAGAACCAACGGGCCGCAGUUAGUCUACGCUGUUCAGCACUGCGAUGCAUUGGUUAUUUGGUUGUCGGUCAUCGUCAGAACCUUGAUGCGUUCGCGAGUAAAGUACUUGGGGAAGAUCCAAACGUUGAACCUGCCCUAAACUCCAUACUCCGCAUCCUUUUAAGAGGUUCGACUGCACAAGAGUUUGUGGCGGCGGACUUUGUGUUUAGGUGCUUUUGUGAGAAAAAUAGUGAUGGCCAAGGAUUGUUAGCAUCUACAAUGAUUCCUCAACCACAGUCAAUGUCUCAUACUCCUUUAGAGGACAUCAACAUGUCUUUUGGAAGCAUGCUGUUACGUGGUCUAACAGUAAGCGAGACUGACGGAGAUCUGGAGACUUGCUGCAGAGCUGCCAGUGUUCUUUCACAUAUACUGAUGGACAAUAUCCAAUGCAAGGAAAGGGUUUUACGAAUCGAAGUUGAGGCGCCAAUCCCAUCCUCACAAGAGCCACUAAUGCACAGGAUAUUGAAGUACUUGGCUCUUUCCUCCAUUAAAUUAAAAGAUGGAAACCAUAAGAUGUCAGCUAGAGAUUCAUAUAUACAACCCGUUAUCCUCAAGCUCCUAGUUACAUGGUUGGCUGAUUUCCCAGAUGCAGUUCACUGCUUUCUAGUUUUGCGGCCACACCUCACGUAUCUUCUUGAGCUUGUGUCGAACCUAUCUGUAUCCGUGUGUACAAAAGGGUUGGCAGCCAUUCUCUUGGGGGAGUGUUUUCUCUAUAACAAAUCCGAUGACAAAAGUAAAGAUGCUUCUUUAGUGGUUGAUGUCAUAAGUGAGAAAGUCGGGCUUACCUCAUAUCUAUUAAAGCUAGAAGAUCUGCAGAGAAGUUAUGUGUUCACGUCUACAAAAGCGGGAUUGCGUGAUAGUAUGGCGGAGAUGGAUGACAUUAGUGCUAAUGACGAGACCGAUUGGAAGCAUGAUGAGCAUCCAGUUCUCAAUUCGCUCUUUGAUACCCAGUUUGUCGACAUUGUCAUUAAACUGGAAGAAAAUCUUAGAGCGAGUAUUGUGGAGAUCUCAAGUCAUUUAAAGAACAAGGUGGUUGCACUACCAGUUGAACUGGAGCAGCAAAGUGGGGAGAGCGACGGGGACUAUAUCAAACGUCUGAAAUUAUUUGUAGAGAAGCAGUGUGCUGAGAUGCAGGACAUUCUUGGCCGUAAUGCGACUUCAGCUGAGGCCUUGGUGAAGGCAACUGCAAGUGACUCUGCUGGUACAGAUAAACUCCGCCGGGACCUUCAAGAAGCAGCUAAACAAGUCCAGGUUCUCAAGUCAGAAAAAGCUAAAGUUCAAGACGAGGCAGAUGCACAUUGCAGCUUGGCAGACAAGAUGAAAUCUGAUCUAAAGAGUCUAUCAGAUGCCUACAAGAACCUUGAGCAAGCAAAGUCUCUAUUAGAAUCCGAGGUGAAGGCUUUGAAGCUUGAAACCAAGAAAUCUCCAGAUCUCGAUGCAAUCAAAGAAGAAGCAAAGGAGGAGGGUCGAAAAGAGAGCGAGGUAGAACUUAACGAUCUAAUUGUUUGCUUAGGGCAAGAACAGGCCAAGGUGGAAAAGUUAAGUUCAAGGUUGGAGGAGUUAGGGGAGGAUGUAAGUUCCCUUCUUGAAGGUGUCGGAGAUGAUCUUGAAAUGCCUGAAGACAGUGAUGAUGACGAUGAUGGAAAAUAACGAAAACUUGGAUUUGCCAUGCAAUUCUCUCAUGUCAUUUAGUAACUGUAUCUGUACAUAUUUAUGCAGUUCGAUACACGCUCUUACGUUAGUUCUAGUGCUGUUAGAAUCUUUCGCUGUAUGUUUAACAAUUUCACCAGGCCAAAGAUCCUUGCUUUUGAUGGACUGUGGUUGCUGGUUCUUUUAAAGAAAAAUUGUUCAUUGUUGAACCUGUUGUUAUCUUUGUACUAUGAAUUGUCAUUUCAGAAACUUAUAAUUAUCUUUCUAAAUAAGAAUCUUAGAGCUAAUAAAAAGAA